AUGGCUACUUCUCACUGCCCAGGGCCGAUUUCGAAAGAAGACUACAAGGAGUUACUUUGCAGAUUUCUAUCUAAAAAUGCCUUCAAAACAGCCAAGAAUGAUCCUGAUAUAGAGAAUACUAUUUUGAAUCGCUUUCUAAAGUACGACCAAAUUAGUGAAGCAAAAGCCAAAUACCUUGCUCUCCAUGGGGCUUCCUCGGCGGAACAUUUUUAUCCCCUCCACCAGAAGGAAAUUCGCCAGGCGGUAGCCUUCUACACUGCCUACUUGGGAGCCAUCGACGAUCUUGGACCUGACUUUUUGGCUGAUCUUCGACUAUUUCGUCAUGAUGUAUUUCAUGAGGCGCCUCAAAUCCCUCUCCUUCGGGACUACAAAAAGCUCUGCGAAGAAUUCGGAGAAUAUUAUACAGCUUUCUCCACGGACAAGAUCACUGUUGGAACGAUCAACUUCACGAGCUCUACCGUUUUAGAAGCCGAGACACAUGAUUUCAAGAAGCUCUCAACUGCGCCUAAUUUUCCGCACUACUUUCGAUUCAUGACUGGGCUCGUGGAGGCCUACGCUUAG